GCGCGCGUACACGGCCGUCUCGGCCUGCCGACGACGAUGUCGUCUCGUCGCUCGCGUGCCGCAGCAGUGCGCGGGAGAGAGAGAAGAGAUAGGGAAAGGUGAUAAACGUAGCGGAUGACGUCUCCAGAUUGUGGCCCCGAUAGUGAUGACGUAGCCGCUUAUAUAAGGGGGCCUUCCGGAACUGCAGACUGCCCCAAGGGAGGUAGGAUCAUCAACUCCUCUCCUCUUCGACGCCUUGAAGACGCCUGCACCAGUCGCGGGAACAUCGCGCGCCGCUUGCGCCUUCUUCUUGGGUCCGAAAGCGAAAAUGGGAGCGCAAAAGUGGAUCUUCCCGACGGUCUUCCUAGCAUUCUUGGCCGCGGUUCUCGUUCAAAGGCACUGCGUCCAGGCAAUGAUCGAAGCCCAAGACAUUAUAUUCACCAACAUCACUUCACCAUCAAUAUACAACAAGCGAGUGAGGCCCUCCUACGCAAUAGGUGUUCCUGUCGUCGUCAACACCAGCAUAGACCUCUACAGCAUGGCGUCCACGAACGACCUCCACACUGAGUACACGGCCAAUCUGCGACUACGGCUGACGUGGUACGACCAGCGGCUAAUCUACGACGCCGACUCUCUGCAGCCGGACUCGCGCAUCCAGGGCGACCAUUGGCACGCCGAGCGGCUCUGGCUGCCCAGUGUCGAGGUCACCAACACGAUCAGCUACGGCCCGGCCGCCGGCCACUUGGAGUCGUCCACGGCCCCCGGGUCCACCUCGGUGCUGGUGAUCGUGCUUCCCGACGGGACGGUGCACCUCAUCAGGAAACUGAACCCCAAGCUUACGUGCGAAAUGGAAUUCCACAAGUACCCGCUGGACAAGCAGCGUUGCAGCCUGAAAAUAGAGAGCAGUACACUGUCGACUAGCAACAUGGUGCUUAACUGGGAUCCCGAAGAGUCCUUGCAGUUCAGUGACAACUUUGCCGUCACCGGCUUCCAGAUGCUCGAUUUCAACUGCUCAAGCCACGUCAGCAACUUCGGCAAAAUCGGCAACUUCUCAAUGAUCAUGUGCGAGUUCACACUGAAGCGGGACUUCGGACCCUUUCUGCUGGAAAUCUACAUUCCGGGCAUCACUUUCGUCAUCACCUCGUGGUUCUCGCUGUGGAUUGACAUCCCGGCAGCACCGGCGCGUGUGACCCUCGCCAUGACAACCUUCCUCACCCUCGUCACCGGCGGGAAGUCCAUCCGCGAAAAGCUGCCCAAGGUUCCCUAUGUACACGCCCUUGACGUCUGGUAUCUCGCCUGCACCGCAUUCGUGUUCUUCAUCCUGCUGGAGUACGCCAUGGUUAACUACAUCUACCACAAGGACAACCGCCGGCGCCAGGGAGGCAUGCGUCGCAUCGAGAGCCAAGCAUCGUUGGCUUCCGCCGGGGGCUCGGUGAACGGAAGCACUUACAUCAACGUCAUCAGCGCGCUGGAGCAAGCUCAGCACCAGCACGGUGGCCUCACUCCGGGCCAGAGCGCUAAAGGCCAGUGUGCGGUGCAGAUCAAGUACAAGAAAAACAACAACGGCAACUACAACAAGACAGGGGGUCCCACCGUGCUCCGGUUGACCGACCUUGAGCCACAUUCGUUGCCAGACCUGCCGGACACCCCACCUCGCUCGCCGAUGUCGGUGCGCUCGUUCGCGGGCGACGAGCCACCCUUCGUGUGCACGCUCAUCACGCCACUGACGCCUCGCGACAUUGCCAAUGGCAUCGACCGCCACUGCCGCUACAUCUUCCCGCUAGCGUUCAUCGUCUUCAACGCCAUCUACUGGUCAAUGCUGACGUCAUCUUGAGCGGUUGAAGCUGCCCCGUGACCAUGAAUCGUACCCGGUGUCUACAGGGUUCAUCAUCCUCAAAGUCAUUUGCCGGAUAAUGCUGAGACCAUCAAGAGUCUUGCGGCAAUGCAGUAUUCAUGAACUGUAGGCAUCAACGCCUGGGAUUUGUCGUAUUCCCUGCCAUCUCCUAUAGACCGUCCAUACGGCGCGCCGAGCAGAGAUCGAGGCGUGCCACCUGUUACACAGUUCUCCCCAGGCAAAAGACAUCACAAUGGCAGUUCGUGGUGAAGAAAGAUGGAACAGCUUACAGCGUGUCCAUAUGAUUAGACACGACUGUUAAUGCCGCUGCAGUUGAGACAGUUGCUACACGAAGAUUUAUAUACACGAAGAUUAAAUAUCAGCAUCGUUAGUUAUUUUUCUUCAUCAUCACAAUCCUGUGGGUCGUCUUGACUUCGUCGGGGACGUAAUUGGCGACGUAAUCACUGUGCAUAUGAUUGUGCUCAGCGACCGCACAACUCUGCGGCCUUCGUUGUCACCAGCCAACGUCAUCUUGAGAAGAGCUGACUACAUCGUAACAUCAAAUGUGUUUCGCCGCUACGUAUUCCCACUUGCGCUAGUCGUCUUCAACACCACAUGCAAGGUGAUAUCGACUUGAACGUGAGGGCAAGUGUGUUGAUGACUGAUAUUGUUUAGUGGUUCCAACUAGUGUGAAGCACCGGUGAAAAUGCGCCAGUGCCAGGCCUUGACUGUCGCCUGACAAACGGGCAUUUAUUACAAUCAACGUCCCUUUCUUUCCUUUCUUAUUUCUCUCACUCUAUUUUACAUGUCACGACUACUGAAGGUUUUGAAACGUUUUCCUUCAUUCAAGAGCAGUUCUUAAUAGUUCCAAUUACACCCGCUGACGGGAUGUUUCCAUGACAAUGGCACGCAUAAUGCGCCCAUAAAGGUUUUAUUGUUCCUAGUGAGCCUAUGGGCCCGCAAUGUAUACAAGGAUUACGAAACGCUGUUUCAUAAGCCUGCAUGUUUCGGAGUCCUACAUUAUUAUUGUGUUUCCUGCGUCCACAUGAAAGGCACGAAAAAGAAACCUAUACGUAUACUGCACAAGAAGCUACCUUGGGAAAGUAUAUUUUCGUUUGGGGGAGCGGUUUGUCAUAGUAUUUGAUGCGGCGUGUAUUACUGCCAUUCAUAACGAAUAUUUUGGCCAAGCAGUAUUGCAAACCUAUUUUCACAGUUGACAGAGUGUGAAAAUGCGUCAUCACCUUAGUUUCUUUAGGCAUAAUCAAAAGAUGUGUUACAAGUACAAAUAGUCUGUUCGAAAACGUAUCUGAACUUCUAGCCUCCAACAGAAAAGAAUUGAGCUACCAGAAGUUUUGUCCUUUUCUAGAGUAGCAACCCUCAAAAAGCUGCGGAUCUAUUAACAGAACGUCUCAAAAUUUUUCUAAUAUGGGAGAAAGUUGUCACGAAGAGUUCAUACGUGCAAGGCUCACUAAAGCUAGAUCUCAUCUUGUUAUCAAUUGACUUCGAUUUCUGUCAGACGAACAGUCCACACGGAAUCAGGCUCGUCUACAGCACAGAGUAAAAGAAAGUGAUCACUGAUACGCUUGUUUAACAUGACGGAUGAACAAGCACCACGAGUUUUUUGCGAGAACCCGGUAUAAGACAAAAAAAAAAGAUAGAAAAGGCUCCUUAGUGGAGAGCCGUGUCCCACUAGCGCUGGAACAACAGUGGUAAGCAUUUACUUGCACCAUGACUUUAUAAAGUGUCGUUACUCCGUUUGUUUAUUUAUUUGUUUACCGAUUUUCCAAUAGUGGCAUAGCCGACAAAGGCAAGUUUGUGCGAGAGGCUCUAGUAGUGCAAAGAAAGUCUUUGUCAGCAUGGGUUCCGCGGUAAUAAGAUUCACAGGACGUCAGCAUGUGCUCAAGAUAUUUUCAUUUUGAGCGAAGGCUCUUGUCCUCACCACUGCUGACUGCUUCUUAAUCAAACGCACAUUUCCCAAAGAUGAAGUUGUUCUUUGAAAUGCUUGUAUUUACACGCGUAUUUUUUAGCCCUUUGGUUGUGAAUCUUGUUUGUGUAUAACUCAUACAUGUGUCCACGUUCAUAUGUUCAAUUGACUGUAGGCAACGUUUUGUGCAAAAUAAAUACUUGCGC